AAACUAGUUAAUUUUUUAAUUCAGAGGCUCAAAACGAAUAAAAAGAUUUAUAUAUUCUACGUUGUUGAAAAUGUCAAAAAUUUUGGGCGUGCCGCUGAAAAAACCAUCCGAGGUGGACAUUGUAAAACCUCUUAACAAUUUAAUACAGAGCACCUACAAUGGAGCCUCUGCAGAGGAAAAGGCGAGCUAUGCCGAAGCUGUAAAUGAGUUUGCAAAACAACGCAAUACGGCAAUUUGGAAGUUCUUCGAAAAAUAUGAGGCCUCAUUAGAAGUCGUUUACGCCUAUUACGAUCAAAUAUGCGCUUUGGAAACAAAGAUAGCAGUCAGUGAGCUGCAAAUACCAUUCAAGUGGAAGGAUGCUUUUGAUAAGGGGUCUAUCUUUGGUGGCAAGAUCAGUCUGACUCACACUUCCCUGAUUUAUGAGAAAGUUUGUGUGCUGUUCAAUAUUGCGGCGCUGCAGAGUUGCGUGGCCUCUACCCAAGCUCUGGACACGGAUGAGGGUCAAAAGCUGGCCAUAAAGCUGCUCCAGCAGAGCGCGGGCAUUUUCCAGUAUCUUAAAGGAGCUACACCCGCAGCUGUACCUUCGGAACCCACGCCUGAUUUGAGCCAGGACACCCUAGUUGUGCUGCAGGCACUAAUGGUUGCUCAAGCUCAGGAAGUGUUCAUACUGAAAGCCAUUAAAGACAAUAUGAAGGACCAGAUUGUGGCGAAAUUAUGCUGUCAGGGUGAGGAGUUCUACGCGGAUGUGCUACGUGCAAUGCAAAAAGAGUCGGUGCGGAGUCUCUGGGAGAAGGAAUGGAUACCAACCAUUGCAGCCAAGCAGGCUGGCUUCCAUGCUCUUACCCAACUCUAUCAAAGCUUAGUUUGUCGCGCUGCUAAGCGCAUUGGCGAGGAGAUUGCUCGCCUGCGCAACUCCGUCGAUCUUUUCAAGGCAGCGCAGUCUCGUGGUGGAAACGAGACAUAUUUGGAUGAAUAUUUCAGUCGCGCCAAGCGCAAUCUCGCCGAAUCGACAAAGGACAAUGAGUUUAUCUAUAAUGAAAUAAUACCAGAUCUGAGCACGUUGGCAUCGCCGGGAAAGGCUCAGCUGGCGAAGCCCAUAUCGAUAGCCGUUCCAAUGGCUAGCAGUUUCAAGGAUAUUUUCACCAACCUGGUGCCCGUGGAGUUGCAUCGUGCUCUCACUGCCUCUGACAUGCGAAAGAAUGAGAUUGUGAAUGCCGAGAUCAUGAAGUUGCGUGAAGCCACGCAAACACUGAAUGCAGUACUGGCCAGCUUGAACCUGCCUGCUGCUGUGGAGACCACCGACAGUGGCUGCGGACUGCCACCAUCGUUGCGUGAAAAGGCCAACGAGGUGCGCAGUAAGGGUGGCAUUGAAAAUGUGCAGACGUUGCUCAAGGAUUUGCCCGAUCUUCUCAGCCGUAAUCGCGAAAUUCUAGACGAAACGGAGCGACUGUUAGACGAAGAACGGGACUCAGAUAAUCAGUUGCGUGCGCAGUUUAAGGAGCGCUGGACACGCAUAUCUUCAGAUAAAUUAACCGAAAUGUUCCGCACCAAUGCUAAGAAAUAUCGCGAGGUCAUCAAUAAUGCCAUCGAGGCGGAUAAGGUUGUGCGGCAGAAGUUCGAGGCCAAUCAAAAGGGCAUUGAGUUGCUUUCGUUGCCGCCAGAGCAAAUACAGCAAUCUCUCCCAUCGGCCAGUGGCAGUGUCGAUCCAAACUGCUCAAGUGUGCAGCGCUUGAAGCAGCUGAUGGAGGCCGUGGAGACCAUAAAGGCUGAGCGCGAUGCCACCGAGGCCGAACUAAAGUCGGCGACAUUUAACAUGAAAGAUGAGUUCUUACAUGCACUGCAAAAGGACGGCGCCAUUGAUGAGCCUGCCUUGAGCUUGGCGCGGAUUGGUCAAGUGUUAAACCCGUUGCAGUCGCAGGUCAAGGAGAGUGUGGAGCGUCAACAAACCCUGGUGGCCGACAUACAGAACGCACACGCUACCUUCGUCUCCGAAACGGGCAACUGUGGCAGUUCACGCGACAAGCUCUACAAGGAGCUGGCCACUGCCUACGAUAGCUACAUUGAGCUAUCGGGUAACUUGCAGGAGGGAACUAAGUUUUACAACGACCUCACACAGUUGCUCGUUGUAUUCCAAAAUAAGAUCAGCGAUUUCUGCUUUGCCCGAAAAACCGAGAAAGAAGAAUUGCUCAAGGAUUUGACUACAGAAUCGAGUCGUCAGGCGCCACCAGCUACGCCUGCACUGCCCUCGCACUACGCGUCCACAUCUGGCGGUGAUGUUCCAGACAUUCCAUCCAUGCAAGCGGGAGGCUCUGCUCCUGUUCCGGCCGCCAUGAACAUGCCGUAUCCGGCGCAGGUACAUGGCAUGCCUGUGCCAUAUGGCGCUACACCUGGUGUACCCUAUCCCACAUAUGUGCCGCCGCCCAUGCCUCAAAGUUUCAAUCCUUACGCCACGCUUCCCUAUCCAGGCACUUAUCAGUAUCCAGGCGUGCCCCAAGGCCCUGCGCCCGGUCAUUACGGCACCUAUCCAGGCAGUUUUGCCCAUCAACAGGGCGGCUACCCCAACCAGAAACCACCAGGCUGGUAAAUGGCGUGGACGUUGUCUUCAUUUUUAUCUAGAUUUACACAUAUACACCGCAUGCUCCACUGUGCUUAGCCCUAACUGUUUUCGCGAAUCUAGAAGAGUGCACUCGGCAUUUAAUGCAUUUGUUUGGUUUUGUUUGAAUUGAAUUGUACCCUAUAUGUACCCAUAAAUACUUACAAAAUAUUUGAUUUCCGGUAUAAUCUCAUGUAAACAUAUAUUACAGAAUAUUGAUCACAAUAAAUGUUUCACAGAACUAUAA